UCUCUCUCUCUCUCUCUCUCUCUCUCUCUCUCUGUCUCUCUCUCUCCCGCUCUCUCUCCCUCUCCCUUUCUUAAAUUGACAUUGGUCUGGCUCGAAACAUGAUAACAGAAAAGCGUUCCUGCGCUCCGCGUUGUCGGGCUAUCCUCAACCCCGAUCACUUGAAACUCAGAUAAACAGGCGUAAAGAGGGAAAAGGGAUCGCACAGUAUCCUGUCAGCGGGUGCUCAGAGGGAAUAACAAGAGACCUUUAUACCACACACACACAUACACACACACACACACGCAAACACACACACCCUCGUAUGUGCUCUUGCGCAUCGUAGAUCUUCAAAAAGUGCUCGUGUUGAACUACAGUGAAAGUUAACAUGUAUAUGCACGUUUUGAUACGCGCAAGCUUUGGAUUUGUAGGUCUCUGCCUGGUCGCCUUUGUCCAGCAGUCAGCUUCAGGAAGUAAAACCACUCAAGAUGUGGACGAGUGUGCAGAGGCUCUUGACAACUGCAGCAUCGAUGCCAUCUGCCAGAACACCCUGAAGUCAUACAAAUGUAUCUGCAAGUCAGGCUAUAGAGGGGAUGGCAAACAUUGUGAAGAUGUGGAUGAGUGUGCAACUGAAUACAACGGUGGCUGCGUCCACGACUGCAUCAACAUCCCAGGAAAUUACAGGUGCACAUGCUAUGAUGGCUUCCGCUUGGCACAUGAUGGGCACAAUUGUCUAGAUGUGGAUGAAUGCUCAGAAGGCAAUGGUGGAUGCCAACAGAUUUGUGUCAACAUGAUGGGCAGCUAUGAAUGUCGCUGCAGAGAAGGAUUCCUCCUGAGUGACAACCAGCAUACCUGUAUCCAAAGGCCUAAAGCACGACCAGAAGGCGCAAAGGAGGGACCCACCUGCAUGGACAAGAAUCACGGCUGUGCACACAUCUGUAGGGAAACACAGAAGGGUGGCAUCUCCUGCGAGUGUCGACCUGGAUUCCAGCUGACCCGUAACAUGAAGGACUGCAAAUUGACGUGUAACUACGGGAAUGGGGGUUGCCAGCACAUCUGCGAAGAGACAGACCAUGGCCCUAAGUGUUCGUGCCACAUGAAGUUUGUCCUGCACAGCGAUGGAAAGACUUGUGUAGGGGAGAGGAGUAUCCAGUCCCCGCCAGCCCCACAGCUGUUCCCCAAUGAGACCUGUGCAGUGAACAAUGGCGGCUGUGAUAGCACAUGUCAUGAUUCAGUGACAGGAGUACGCUGCAGCUGUCCUGUUGGCUUCACUCUGCAGCCAGACCGCAAGACCUGCAAAGACAUUGACGAGUGCCGUCUCAACAAUGGGGGGUGUGAUCAUGUGUGUCGAAACACGGUGGGCAGCUUUGAAUGCAGCUGCAAGAAAGGCUACAAGCUGCUGACCAAUGAGAGAACUUGUCAAGACAUUGACGAAUGCUCUUUCGACCGUGCCUGUGACCACUUUUGUGUCAACUCUGCUGGCAGUUUCCAGUGCCUUUGUAACAAAGGCUACGUCCUCUAUGGCCUGGCACACUGCGGAGAUAUUGAUGAAUGCAGUAUAAAUCGAGGCGGUUGUAAAUAUGGCUGCAUUAACACUCUGGGGAGCUACGAGUGUACCUGUCCACCAGGAUACAAGCUGCACUGGAACAGGAAAGACUGUAUUGAGCUGGUGAAAUGUCCUCCUGGACUGGUAGCACCAAAAGCCACUCUGACCUGCAGCAAGAUGGGCAAGAAAGAGAGCUGCUCUCUUACCUGUGCUUCUAAGGCUCACUAUCUGGCAGAGUCUGACAACAGCUACUCGGUGAGCUGUGGUAUCCCCAUUCUCAGAGGGAAGUCCCCUUCCAGGCUCAACUCCAGCAGUAGUCAGAGCUGCAUAGAGACUUUGGCCCCUCCAGUGAAGCACACAGCUUCUUUCAAGAUUAAAAAUGCCAAAUGUCACCUACAUCCUAAACUGAAUGGCAGAACAGAGGACAGAGGGCGGACACUAGGACCAGGAAGUGGGCAGCCCUGCAGUAACUGCCUGGUGACAUUUGUCAACCUCAAAUGUGACUCCUCCAAGAAAACUAAAGGGCGGCGUGCUCGCAACCCCUCUAACAAAGAGGUAACACGCAUUACUUUGGAGCUGGAAGCUGAGGUCAAACCUGGAGACACUACAGGGAGUUGCAAUCUCAGCUGCCUGAGACAGCGUAUGGAGAAGCAGGUUAAGACAUAUAUUAAGGCUCUGAAGAAAUCCAUCAACCAGGAGCGCUUCCUGAUCCGAGUUGCAGGUUUGGAAUACGAGGUUGCCCAAAAACUUCCCCAGGCUGCUCCCGCUCAGGAGAACUGUGGCCCAGGCUGGGAGAGGGACAGCGGCCGAUGUGUCAGAUGCCUGCCAGGGUCUUACUACCAUGGUGAGCAGGAGCGCUGUGUCCAGUGUCCGCCUGGCACUUUCCAGGAGAGGGAGGGGCAGCUGGCCUGCGACCUCUGCCCUGGCAGCGAUGGCCACGGGCCUGUUGGAGCACGAAACAUCUCCUCCUGCGCAGGCCAGUGUCCCACAGGGUAUUUCUCCAGUGAUGGGUUCAAACCUUGUCAACCGUGCCCUCAGGGCACCUACCAACCAGACUUGGGACGGACACUGUGCUUCCCCUGUGGUGGAGGACUGAGCACCAAGCGGGAGGGUGCAAGCUCCUUCCAUGACUGUGAGGUCAAAGUUCAGUGCUCUCCAGGUCAUUAUUACAACACCACAGUACAUCGGUGUAUCCGCUGCCCUGUGGGGACCUAUCAGACAGAGUUUCGACAGAACUACUGUAUUUCCUGCCCUGGAAACACCACCACUGAUUUUGAUGGUGCCACUAGUGUCUCUCAGUGCAAGAACAGGCAAUGUGGUGGAGAGAUGGGUGAGUUCAUGGGUUACAUUGAGUCACCUAACUAUCCUGGUAAUUACCCCGCUAAUGUGGAGUGUAUUUGGAACAUCAACCCGCCCAGCAAGCGCAAGAUCCUUAUCGUGGUGCCAGAGAUUUUCCUGCCCUCAGAGGAUGAGUGUGGAGAUGUGCUGGUCAUGAGGAAGAACUGGUCAGCUACAUCCAUCACCACCUAUGAGACAUGUCAGACGUAUGAACGGCCCAUCGCCUUCACAGCUCGCUCCAGACGUCUCUGGAUUAACUUUAAGUCCAACGAAGCCAACAGCGCCAGGGGCUUUCAGAUCCCCUACGUCACUUAUGAUGAGGACUAUGAACAGCUCGUAGAGGACAUAGUGCGGGAUGGAAGACUCUAUGCCUCAGAAAACCAUCAAGAAAUCCUCAAGGAUAAAAAACUGAUUAAGACUCUUUUUGACGUGCUGGCUCACCCAAACAACUACUUUAAGUACACCACUCGGGAGUCCAACGAGAUGCUUCCCCGCUCCUUCAUCCGUCUCAUAAGCAGCAAAGUCUCCGCUUUCCUGCGACCAUACAAGUAAACGUCACACAGCUGCUGAAGCACCGGAUCGUGACCCCCCCCUCCCUCUCCCCGACAUCCCCUUCCACCUUACAGGCUACAUCCCGCAACUCUCACAGGACUUAAAAACACAAGACAUACUAGUAUGUUUACCCUCUCUUAUUUUCCAUAGGCUUUGACAAUAAACACUAUGCAGACCUGAGAAAUACUGAACAUUUGUGUUUUUAGGGGUUAUGGUCAGUUUCAAUUCAGCACAGGUCUGCAAUCCCGAGCUUAAGCAUUUAGUAGGGAUGUAGAGUAUGUGAGUGGGUUUGGUUUCUAUUGUGUCGUGCAAUGACGCAAUGAAACCAUAAAAAUAAUAGAGACGCCUAUUUCAGACAGUAGGAGUGACGUUUUGUGCUUUGACAGAGUGACGGUUUGAGCUUGAUAGAGCUUGUUGUUUUUAUUUGCUAAAUGAGUGGUCUGAAUUCCAGCUCCAACUCCUACCAUUAAGUAUGACUGUAAAUGUUGUGUAAGUGUUGUGUAACCCUGGUACCAUCUUCAGUGUCUUGUGUGCUGUCCUCGAGGAGGAGCAGUUGUUGAAUUCAUGUCGCAGCUGCGUUCCAGGUCAUUCAAAGCCUUACUAUAUUUGAGCUCUUAGAGCAGUUUCCAAGGGUUUUACUGUUAAAACAGUUAAUCUGCGUUUUGUUCCGUCUGUCUAAACUGUACCAGCGUUUUCCAACCUUCAGAUAAUUUCUGUUGCUCUUUUUCAAGGCAACUUAAAGCAAAUACUAAAAGGUGGCUUAUCAUUCCAGGAACACAGUGGACAUUUGGGAAAUGAAUAACAAACUAAUAAUUGGGAGAGCCACAGAAACGAGAUAAUGUGAUGUCUAGUGGAACAUGUCUCUGAGAGAGCGAUAGAGAGAGAAAUGUCUUUGAGGGACAUUAUGUUUGCUGCUUCUUGUAAAAGGUCACUUUAAUUCUUCAAUCUCAUAUUGUCUUUCUGAUGUACUCUACACACUAAUAGUCUAUAGGUUUAAAACAAAGGAAGCUGAGAAUCUGAAAUACUUCUUACACACAGUAAAUUGAUAAUCUCACAUUGCCUGUCUGUGGACUACCAGUUUUAUUGUGUUUUUAUUCCAAUCUUGUAAAUAAUGAAAAUAAAUUAGACGAGGGUUGAA